AUGGACCGACCAACCACUCCAACUCAGCUCCCGCCGCGAUAUUCAGCAUACGAUGAGGAUGAUACUCCCACGAACUUGGCGCAGAAUGGCGCGACGAUGCGCCUGUUGACAUCAGUGGAGGAGAGCGCAUACAGACCGUUAGUACCACCAACCGAUUCUAUGCUUGCCCACGUUUCGUCUUCGUCGACUCUCAAUUCUGCAAGUGAGCGCGCAGGUGGCAGUGGGCGACAAGCUUUGCAUCGCGAAGAUACCAUCCAUGAUCUCCUGCGUGAAGCCACCGCAUCUCUCUCACAGCCGUCCGCAUGCAAGCGCGCUCGCAAGCACGAAACGGUGAAAGCCAGGGUCAAGCGCAAAUCCGUCAAAACUAGCACACAGAACUUAUAUACAUCGCCAAACAGACCAUCACCGCUCACGCGCUCCUACCAACCGUCAACAACAUCACUACCGUUAUCGAGGCAGCCCUCGAUCCUAGACCGCGCUCCCAGUAUACCGCCGCCCGACUCAAGCAUCCCAUCCUAUAUGCCGCCCCGCCCGUACUCCCCCAGUCGAACGUCCCCGAUUCGGCCAUGGACGCCAUCCCAAAGCUCAGCUGACUGGCCGCGGCCGCCCGCCUCUGCCUCUGCAUACGAAGCAAUUGACCUCAAUGGCAGUCCUCGGCCAGGGACACCAUCCUCGAGGUACGGAGGAAGUCCGAAGCGACCGCUACCACCAGCGCCGCUCUUCGCUGGAGGCCGACCUCUCUCCAGAAGCUCGACCAAAGACUUUGCAGAGACCACGACAAUACCCAUAGACGAUAGCAAUACCGACGACGUUUUCGGGCUGCCCAGCCAAGAGUCCCGUCCGGAACUGCAUUCGGUCGACUCGUUCGUCUCCCACUCGACGGCCAGCGACGAUUAUGACGAAAAGUACGAGCAUUACGGCCCAGCGCCGGAUGGGAUGCAAACGCGGAGGGGCGCCCGGCAAGCGCAGAUGACGAAGCGCGAGGUCCCGCUCAUCAACGGUGAGCUCAUUCUGGAGUGUAAGAUCCCGACCAUCCUAUACAGCUUCCUCCCGCGGCGCGACGAUAUCGAAUUCACCCACAUGCGGUAUACCGCUGUCACGUGUGAUCCGGACGACUUCGUGGAAAGAGGCUACAAGCUGCGACAGAAUCUGAACAAUUCCCGCGAGACGGAGCUCUUUAUCUGUAUUACGAUGUACAACGAGAAUGAGAUCGACUUCACAAGGACGAUGCACGGCGUAAUGCGCAACAUCUCGCACUUCUGCUCGCGUACGAAAUCACGGACUUGGGGCAAGGACGGAUGGCAGAAGAUUGUUGUAUGCAUCAUCUCAGACGGCCGCCAAAAGGUGCAUCCACGAACCUUGGACGCAUUGGCGGCAAUGGGCUGUUAUCAAGACGGUAUAGCCAAAAACCUGGUCAACCAAAAGGAGGUCACAGCGCACGUUUACGAGUACACGACCCAGGUCUCCCUUGAUGCCGAUCUGAAGUUCAAAGGUGCAGAGAAGGGCAUCGUACCCUGCCAGAUGAUUUUCUGCCUCAAGGAGAAGAACUUGAAGAAGCUGAAUUCGCACCGCUGGUUCUUCAACGCCUUUGGCCGAGCCCUGAAUCCGAAUGUCUGCAUCCUUCUGGACGUGGGCACGAAGCCAGGACCAAAGGCGCUGUAUCAUCUGUGGAAAGCAUUCGACACAGACUCGAACGUAGCAGGAGCCGCUGGAGAGAUCAAGGCUGGCAAAGGGAAGGGGUGGCUCGGCCUGCUCAACCCGCUCGUGGCGUCUCAGAACUUUGAGUAUAAAAUGUCGAAUAUCCUUGACAAGCCUCUUGAGUCGGUGUUUGGCUAUAUCACGGUGCUUCCCGGAGCGCUCAGCGCAUACCGGUAUCAUGCGCUGCAGAAUGACGAGACAGGUCACGGUCCCCUGAGCCAGUACUUCAAGGGUGAGACGCUGCACGGACAAGAUGCGGAUGUCUUCACUGCGAAUAUGUAUCUGGCUGAGGAUCGCAUUCUGUGCUGGGAGCUAGUAGCUAAGCGAAGCGAGCGAUGGGUGCUGAAGUACGUGAAGAGCGCAACGGGUGAGACCGACGUUCCAGACGCCGUACCCGAAUUCAUAUCCCAACGGCGCCGCUGGCUCAACGGCGCCUUCUUCGCCGCCGUCUACUCGCUUCUGCACUUUCGGCAAGUCUGGCACACCGACCACACGAUAAUGCGCAAGAUCCUUCUCCAUAUCGAAUUCGUGUACCAAUUCGUCUCGCUCCUCUUCACCUACUUCUCCCUGGCCAACUUCUACCUAACCUUCUACUUCAUCGCCGGCAGUCUCGCCGACCCACGCCUCGACCCCUUCGGCCACUCCAUCGGCAAAGUCAUCUUCAUCAUCCUGCGCUACAGCUGCGUGCUCCUGAUCUGCAUGCAAUUCAUCCUCUCCAUGGGCAACCGGCCGCAGGGCGCAAAACGCAUGUUCCUCUCCUCGAUGGUGGUCUACGGCAUCAUCAUGGCCUACACGACCUUCGCGGCGCUCUACAUUGUGAUCAAGCAGCUCAAAGACCCGAAGACGGAGCUCAGUCUCGGCAACAACGUCUUCACGAACUUGAUCGUGAGCACGUGCUCCACGGUGGGGUUGUACUUCCUCAUGAGCUUCCUGUACCUGGAUCCGUGGCACAUGUUCACGAGCUCGGCGCAGUACUUUGCCUUGCUGCCGAGCUACAUCUGUACGCUGCAGGUCUAUGCGUUUUGUAACGCGCACGACGUCACGUGGGGCACCAAGGGGGAUAACGUCCUGCACACAGACCUCGGCGCGGCCAAGGGCUCGAAGAGCGGCAUCGUGGAGCUCGAGAUGCCCUCCGAGCAGCUCGACAUCGACUCCGGCUACGACGAGGCGCUCAGGAACCUGAGGGACAGAGUCGAGGUCGCGAAACCCGGGCUCAGCGAAGCACAGGCCCAGGAGGACUACUACCGCGCGGUCAGGACGUACAUGGUGGUCGUGUGGAUGGUGGCGAACGCCAUCCUGGCCAUGGCGGUCAGCGAGGCGUACGGCCUGACGGAGGUCUCGGAUAACUUCUACCUCAAGUUCAUCUUGUGGGCUGUUGCGGCUGUGGCGCUGUUCAGGGCCGUCGGGAGCAGCGCGUUUGGGGUCAUCAAUAUCGUGCAGAGCCUCAUGGAUGGGCAGGAGAAGUGGGGGGAUAGGUUUUCGGUGAAGAAGACGGGGCUGGGGGGCGGCAAGAGCAGCAGGUUGAGUUUGCCGAGCUGGAUGAGUGGGAGUGGGAGCUGGGUUAGUAGUAAGUUGAGUAGUAUUACGCCGAGUAGUCUGGGCAGUUCGCUGGGGAGGUGA